GUUUUAUCAGUUUGCUGGGUUCAGUGUUCACAUCGAAAUGACAGUGGAAAUUGAAGAUGAUACAUUUUUGGUUCAUGGGCCCGAACCACUUGAACCCAUUCCAGAUGACACGCUCGGAAAAUUACUCUUCGAUAGCCUAUUAACAAAUACUGCAAAUCACGAUGCCAUGGUUGAUGUCUAUUCUGGAAAGACAAUCUCUUUCAAAACUCUACUGGAUGAAUCCUGCAAAUUGGCAGAAGCUUUACGUAUUUACGGCUGCUCUCCAGACUCUGCUAUUUCCAUUUGCAGCGAGAAUAACUUGACAUUUUUCAUUCCUGUCUUGGCAGGAAUGUUCAUCGGCUCGUUAGUCGCUCCUUUGAAUCACUAUUACAUUGAGGAUGAACUGAAACAUGCUUUGAACAUUACCAAACCGAAGGUAAUAUUCUGUUCUGAAGAAGUAGCCGAAAAGUUCCUGAUACUGAAAAAUGAGCUGGACUUCCUCGAGAAAAUCAUCAUUAUCGAUUCUCAAGAACGUGUCUCAGGAACCGAAACUCUGGAAGAAUUUAUAGACAGUCAGUUGCGUGGCAAAAUGGUUUUGCCUCAAAAUUUCCGAGUAUUCAACGAAAAUGCAGAAGAACACGUUGCUUUCGUGUUGUGCUCCUCUGGAACUACUGGUUUACCCAAAGGAGUCAUGCUGACGCAUAAAAAUCUGGUUGUUCGGCAGGUUCAAUCUCGAGAUCCUCGUAUGACAACGGAUCAAGAACAAAAUCUUCUUGGUUUGAUGCCUUUUUUUCAUGGAUUCGGCCUCAAUAUGGGUAUAUCUUCAAUUUAUAAUAUGCAGUUUUUGGUAGUCCUGAAGAGAUUUGAACCAGACGUUUUCCUUCAAUCAAUUCAAGACUACAAAAUUUCUGUACUGGCUCUAGCACCGCCAUUAGCAAUAUUUUUGGCUAAAACUCCUGAUUUGGAUCAAUAUGAUUUAUCCAGUGUCAAAGAAACUUUCUGUGGCGCUGCUCCAUUGAACAAAGACAUUGAUAUUAUUCUCAGAAAAAGGCUGAACAUAAAAGCAGUUAGACAAGCAUAUGGCCUGACAGAAACUAAUCUUGCGGUUACUUCUAUGACACCAGGAGUAACUAAUAAAUCCGGUUCAAGUGGCAAAGUUGUGACAUACAUGACCAUUAAAGUGAGGCACCCAGAAACUGGGAAAUCUUUAGGACCAAAUGAAAUUGGCGAAAUUUGUGUUAAGGGUCCAUCUGUGAUGAAAGGGUACUACAAUAACCCUAAAGCAACACGAGACACCUUCACAACUGAUGGUUGGCUCAAAACUGGCGAUCUGGGCUACUAUGACAAUGAUGAGUAUUUUUAUAUUGUUGAUCGGUUGAAAGAACUUAUAAAAUAUAAGGGAUACCAGGUGGCACCAGCUGAAUUGGAAGCAGUAUUGUUGGGACACCCAAAAGUCAUUGACGUGGGAGUCGUUGGGCUUCCUGAUGAUAUUUCUGGAGAACUUCCUAUAGCAUUUGUGGUCAAAGAUGACGAGGAAAAUGUCACAGAAAAAGAACUUCAAGACUUUGUAGCUAAAAAAGUUUCCCCACAGAAAAGGUUGAGAGGAGGAGUUAUAUUUGUUGAUUCUAUUCCUAAGAACCCUAGUGGUAAGAUAUUGCGAAGGGAUCUAAGGAAUCAACUGGCAAACUAUAAGGCCAAACAAGAAUCAAAGUUAUAAAAUGGAAUAUUUUGCCAGAGUUAAUCUGGUGCAUUUUUAUUGUUUGCUAACUAUAUGAAAAAUAAAAAAUGUAUAUCAACAUAAUAUAUUUAUAUUGGGUGAUUCAUUAAUAAAGAAUGGUCAAUCUCUGAA